AUGACAGAGGCCGUUCCGAAUCUCUCCCGCAACAGCAUUCUGGCCUGCCUUCAUUAUCACAACACCUCACAUGAUCAAGUACCUAGUGGAGAACUAUCAUCGCCGGAAACUUCGACCCGGUUACAGAGCAAGCCCCUCCGGCCUCAUGUGGUAGAUGAGCGAGUCAUUGAUGGGGAACUCUGCUUUGUAUACGCAGACGGAUCUUUCUGUCCCAAGUUCAUCGACGGUACACCCGUCAACGCAAAUUGGGGGAUAACAAAAGCUGGCAGGCCGAGAAAGCGUCUUGGACUUGCCUGUUUGACCUGUCGCGAGAAAAAGAUCAAGUGUAACCCUAACCCAACCCCCGAGGCCGUAUGUGACCAAUGCCGCAAAUCUGGACGCGAAUGCAGGUUCGAAAGUGCCCCGCGGGGGAACCGUUCUCACAUGAGAGGGUCGGCAGCACCAUCUGGCAAUUCUUACGCUCGCGCUAGCCACGGUGCUUUGGACGUUUCUCCCUCACUUUACGACAGCGUUCGAGCUUCCGAAAGCGCGACCUCCCUUCCUGGAACUACCCGCCACUCACCGAUUUCAGAGACCUCGCUGGUCACACCAUCAGGCCAAGAAGCCACGUAUGAGACCAUGGCCGAGGCGGAUAGGGCUUUAAGAUCGCGAUCCUAUCGAUUCCCAUCGUUAAUAUCCAGUGCAGAUGAUUGCAUGGCACACCCGCCGCCACAUAUCGAGUCUACUCGUACACCCGAAUACUCUGACAUUCUGGGAGAGCUCAAGGACAGCAACUCAGACGACCCACUCGCGGCGUCCUGGAACCUGGACCCGUAUGAAAGCGACCCGGAGGCGGCAAUUCACUACACUGAGUGUUAUUUCUUGCACGUGAAUGAUGGUCUGUACCACAUGUACCCGCAUGCACAAUUCGGCUUGUGGUUGAAGACCGAGUCGACCAAGUCUGCAGACGACAAGAUGCUUCUCUAUUCUAUGAUGGCUCUUGGAUCUGUGUUCUCAGACAGGCUAGACAAAAUGGCAGCCAUGAAGCGAUACUCUCGUAUAGCCCGCUUUGCCAUUAACCAAAGCCAGCAUAGCCUCUCUUUGCAACUUGCUCAGAGUCAUAUCAUAAUGAGUCUUUGGUACUACGCUACAGGGUCACUGGUCGGGUCCUGGGACUCUAUAGGUGCAGCUGGAAGAGCGGUGUAUGGGCUUCGUUACAAUGUGGAAUCUGGCGGUGUUGUUGUGAAUCAAAGCCAGAAGUGUGACUAUGGAUUACAUCCACAGGCUUUGAUUGAGUGCCGACGACGAACCUUUUGGGUUGCCUUUGUUCUUGAUCGCUUUUCGAGCCUCUAUUCCGCUUCGUCGACCUUCAUCUCGUCCGAUGCAGCCCUCCUGAGGCUCCCGUGUCGAGAAGAAAUAUACGAGACUCAGCAGUACGCGACAGUCCCUUAUUUCCAAUCAUUCCUCAACCACAUUCCAGCCUCCACAGACGACGAUCGCUCCACCCUAAGUCCAAUGGCCUUUUUAAUCGACAUCAUGGCUAUUUGGGGAGACAUCUCCAUGCAUAUAACCCGGCUACCACACAUCCCCCCCGAAGCAUACAACCGACUCGCCGAAGAAUUCCACACAACCAUCAUCCAAAAGUCCAACCAAUGGAUGACCCGACUCCCCGACUAUAUGGCGUUCUCAGCCAUAAACCUAGAACGAAGCAUCCGCCAAAGAAAAGCAGACACCUUCAUCUCAACCCAUCUAUUCUACCACGCCAGUUUGAUGAAACUGUACAGACACGCCCGCUACCAGAGCCUCCGGCCCGAAAUCCUAGGCCAGUACAUCCACCGGGCUCGAUACCACGCCGUCGAAAUCCUCCGCAUCUCGCUUACUUUUGACCAAUACGCAAAAGAAAUCAUCCCCUCCCGACACACCACUGAGACUUCCAUAUCCCUAACACUCCUGAACCCAUUCCUGGGAUACGUCAUCCUAUCAGCCGUUGACGUUCUCAGCUCAGCUGGUCUGGCGUCGCAGUUGAACGAGUGCAUCUCUUAUAUCAGAGGUGCGCUAGAUACCGUUCACGAACUGGGCCGUUACUGGGAUGGCUCUUUGCAACUAGUCACUGUUCUUCACAGACGUCUGGGGCUGAUGAUCAACUGUCUGAAUGAGCGGAGUGUCUUCGCGGAGAAAUUGGGCUUUGCGCUCGAUGGACCGCCGCUUGAGACGAAGGUUCAUGCUGGCGCUUUGCAUUCUCAUCCGCCUGCAACGAUGGGUGAGGAUCUUUUCACAGGCUCGAUGCCUAGAGAAGUGCUUUUGAAUGCUCUGCGGGUGGAUGAGACGCUCAUCUCGGAGAGUAGUAUUGCUUGGAUUAGAGAUCCGUGA